GCAAGGCAGCGGAGGCGCCAUGGCGAACGCGCAAGGAACCACGGCGAGGAAACGCGUCUUCAGGGGUACUUUGAUCCAUGCCACCCCGGAAAACGCCGUGCAGGUCCAGGAAGAUGCGCUGCUGGGAGUUGGACCCGACGGAAAGAUUGCCUUCAUUGGAGAAGGCAAAGACCUUCAUCGACUCUCUCUUGAGUUUGCAUUCAGUCCAUCAACAGUAACGCACCUGGAAAAACAUGAAUUCUUCAUGCCGGGAAUGGUGGACACCCACAUCCACGCCCCCCAGUACAGCUAUGCCGGAACGGCCCUGGACAUGCCUCUCCUCGACUGGCUAAAUAAAUACACCUUUCCGGUGGAAUCACGAUUUAAAGACCUUCGUUUUGCUCAGGAGGUCUACACUCGAGUUGUGAGUAGAACUCUGAGAAACGGAACAACCACCGCUUGUUACUUCGCCACGAUACACACAGACGCCUCUCUCCUGCUCGGCCACAUUGCAGACAAUUUGGGACAACGAGCUUUGGUGGGUAAAGUGUGUAUGGACAGGAACAAUGCAGUGAAACAUUACAAAGAAACAGUUCAAGAGUCAUUGGAAGAAACCCGUCGGUUCAUCACUGAGCUUCUGGAGAAGAAGUAUGCUCUGGUAAAGCCCGUGGUAACGCCUCGCUUUGUCCUGUCGUGCUCUGGAGCCUUGCUGGGACAACUGGGACAACUUGCCAAGAAUAACAACCUGCAUAUUCAGAGUCAUAUCAGUGAAAAUGUGGAGGAAGUGAAGAUUGUAAAGGAGUUGUUCCCCGAUUCUGCUUCCUACACCGACGUCUACUACAAACACAAUCUGCUUACCAACAAGACAGUCAUGGCGCACGGCUGCCAUCUGAGUGAUGAAGAGUUGGCCCUGUUCCGAGCCACUGGAGCUUCUUUGUCACACUGUCCUAACUCCAACCUCUCGUUGUGCAGUGGAUUCCUCAAUGUCCGUAAAGUCCUGAACCACAAAGUGAAGCUGGGCCUUGGAACAGACGUGGCGGGGGGAUACUCGGCCUCGAUGUUGGAUGCCGUGAGAAGAGCCUUGGACACGUCCAAAAUUUUGACCAUACAGGACCCUGAUCAUGAGACGCUCACCUUCGAGGAGGCAUUCAGGCUGGCCACACUAGGGGGCAGUCAAGCUUUGUCCCUGGAUGACCAAAUUGGAAAUUUUGAGGUGGGCAAAGACUUUGAUGCCCUGAGGGUGAAUGUUGCCGUUCCUGGCGGGCCCAUUGACCUGUUCCAGCAUGAGGAACCAAAGACUCUUCUGGAAAAGUUCUUGAAUUUGGGCGACGAUCGGAACAUAGUGGAGGUUUACGUCGCUGGAAGAGAGGUGGUCACAUCCUCAGAGUAGAUUCUCCCUACACAUCUUCUCAUCAUUUGAUUGAAAAGGACCAUCAUUUGUGUGCUAUUCAUUUGUUAACGCUGCUGCAAAGGGCUGAUAAGACGGAGAUGUUCAUAUUUGUUUUUCAAAAUGUAAUGCUUUUUACUUUUAUAAUGCUAUUCGUUGCACUUCUUAUCAUUGUACUUCCGGAUGUCCCAUUCCACAGGGACCUGAAAUAAAAAUUUCCUUCCUCGGGGAAGUAAAAUAAAGAUUUCAAUCACGUGUUCUCAUGUGGAUGAAAUGACUCCUAGUCCAAAUAGAGGGGGCUCCUAUUGCUGUGAAUAUAAAACCAUCUGGAGCUGACAGCAGGAGGCAGAAAUACAAAAACAGACGACAGACAUGUGUUAGUGACAGCGAUGCUCAAUAGAAUAGAAUAGAAUUGAAUGACUGGCCAGUGGGGCAGACUUGGAAUUUUCUGUCAAAUUCAACACUUCAACUUCAUGAAUGUGAUUAACUCAUUGACGGCGAGAGACAUUAAAUCCAUAGACUUCAUAAUUAAUCCCACCCUCCAUCCCUGCCUCUCCCUGCUCUUGGUUCGUCAGGCAGUGCACUGAAGUUGCUUAUUAAAGUUAACGAUGAAUGAAAGACAUUGAAUGUUUGAUCUUGCCACAGAUGCCUGGAAUCCAAAGCUUCAAAGCGCCGCAUGCGUCAAUCAUCGUUUAACUUGUUAAACAGUUGCUGUGGCAACUCUUUGUGUGUAAGUGAGCAGUUUGAGCAGUUUUGAGUGGAUUCACCUAAUGAGGGAUUUAAUAAAGAAAAGCAUUUUUAUACUUUAUUCUUGUUUAAAAAUAAUUU